UUAAACGAGGAAGUAGGAUUGGAAAGAUGAGCGUUACAGAAGUAGGAUCGAAAUGGUGUGCGUUAAUUCAUAUAGCAAUAUUUGCUUGGUAUGUAUUUACGCUUAGGGCCAACUGCUCUUUAGAAAUUUCAGACCGGCACCCCGGUGCCCGAUUAUAUGGAGGAAGAUGGAAAUAUCUGACUUUUAUCAAUCUUGUGAUGCAGACCGCCUUCUUUGGCUUCUGCUUUGUGACUGACAUGGUCCAGAUGCUACUGCCUGCUAAAAGCGCACACGGUGGGAUUCCCUCGCUUUUUAUCAGAAUACGAGACGCCAUCUUCACCGUCUUGGCUUUCCCCAUAGGGACUUUUGUGUUCAUGUCCUUCUGGUCCAUCUAUGCAUAUGACCGGGAGCUGGUGUAUCCCAAAUUUCUAGAUGACAUCAUUCCUAUCUGGCUCAACCAUGCAUUACACACGGUAAUCUUGCCACUCCUCCUGGUUCAGCUGUAUCUCCAGCCUCAUCGACACCCCAGCAGGACCAAAGGCAUCCUGGGCCUGGCACUCUUCGCUGCUCUGUAUCUGGCCUGGGUUCUGUGGGUGCACUAUGCCUCGGGGAUCUGGGUGUACCCCAUCAUGGCCAAGCUGAGCCCCUUGGGAUUAGUGCUGUUCCUGGCCGUGGCUGCCCUCACCAUGGCACCCCUCUACCUCCUCGGAGAGAAGCUGAACCAAGCCCGCUGGGGAACCCCAGGGACUCGAAAGGAAAAGAAGUAGGAGUGUGAGAAGGCCUUGGCAGGAGAAGGACAGCACCCAAAACCACAAAUGUCCUGUUUCCAGUGAAGGAGGCUCCUCUGGGGAGGCGCGACAUGCCGGACAGUUGAAGGAGACUGAUGAUUUUUACAUAAUCCACCACAUCCAUAUACUUUCCAUUUUUAACGGUCAAUCCAGCUUGCGCUGAAUUGUGUGUUCUACAUGUCAUUUGAAAUGUAGCAAAAAGACCUCUUGUAUGAUGUGUCGCGUUUGUAUGUGUAAAGGCCAGUUUCUUUUGUACAACAGCUUGGAAGAAAAGUUUUAUGUUAUAAUUUUAGACUGAUUAUAAAUUAUGUUAGUCGCAUCUUUAUAAAGG